AUGGUUAUAAAAGAGCCACUUCCAUCUCAGGAACAAGAAAACCUUGAAAAACUUGGUUCCCCUCUUGAACCCUCAUCCUCUUUGAUAUCAUCAAAACAAAAUAUUCCUGCAGCAGAGGAACCCUUACAAGAAGAAGCUACAAUAGGGGUUCCUUCUCAAAGUCUAAGAAAAACUAGGGCUGGCACACGAAAGGAAAAGGGCAAAGAAAAACAAGUUGACAUAGAACAUAAGGAAGAGAAAACAAAAAGUGAGAAUUUACCCCCUCCUGCAGCCAAGAAAAGAAAAGUUGUAAAACCAGUUCCUCUAGUAUCUAUUGAGGUGGUUGAAGAAUUGGCUAUAGGAAGUAGUCUUGUAGCUGAAAAAGGAAAAUCUCAAAGAAGUAGUGGUAGGCUUCAUAAAAAGCUUAAAAGCCAAGACCAAUCCAUAGAACCAAAUAUUACAAUCCUAAUUGACUCCCCAUAA